AUGUCGUCCAUCAUGAAUGAUGAAUAUCGGAACCUACAAGAAUUAUAUGAUGCUAUUCUCAAUACAUUGUUUCCAAUCCUUUUAAUAAAAUUUAUUGAUCUCCAAUGGAAAAAAAAUGAAAAGAUGAUGGAAAGAACAUUUUUGGAACUUAAAAAUAAAGAAAAAGAAAUAAUAAACAAAACUGUACAAGGUAUUCAGAAUGCUGCGGAUAAAGAUAAGCUAGAAGAAGAAUAUGAAAAAGCCAAAACUAGCGAAUUAUAUAAACAAGAUGAAAGUAAAACCAUUAUUGACAACCUGUACAAAAGAAAAAACGUCUAUUUCGGAAUUGAUAAGAGUUUGAGUAUUUCUGAGAAAAAUAAACGAAUACUUAAAGAUGCUCUCGUCAAAUUAAUUCCUAAUACUAUAGAAGACGGUGAUGAAUAUGAUGAACUAGUGGGUUUUGAAAUAAUGUUAAAAGAAUGUAAAAAAGAAAUUUUAGAUAAAAAGGAAAUUUUUGUAAUAGAAGAUGAUGACGAUAAUAAUGAAGAUUUUGAAAUAAAGUCAGAAGAGUGUAAAAAAGAAAUUUUAAAAAUAUUAAACGAAAUAUUAAAAGAAAUUAAUAAAGAAAGAAAUGCCUAUUUUAAGAUAAGUCGGGUAUCAACAUUUAGAGCCAUCGCAUUGCCAUUACUUGAUGAUGCAUUAUACAAUAUUGUUACUUGGAUUAUUCCGCUAGUAGCCAGUUUAGUCUAUGAUGAACUCUUCAAGAUAAAAAUCUUUUCUUACGUAAAUAUGGUUGUUCAUCUAACUUUUUCUAUUAUAACUAUCUUCUCUAAAUUUUUGGCAAAAAAAUUUAAAUCAAAUUAUUAUGGAUAUAAUAUAAUCACUGCUGGAGAUAAAGGAUUCUGCUGGACGUUUAAAAUUAUCAAUAAAAUUGAAUUUGAUGAUUCAAAUUGUAUAGCCGUUGCUGCUAUGAAUCUAAUUAUCUUUCCAGUAUAUGUUAUUCCGUUAUUUUGGAUUAUUGUUAUUACUGAACAACCUUUUGAUCUAAUAAGUUUUGUAUUUCUUAUAUUAUUCGCGCUUUUAUUGCUUCAAUCAUUUUGUAUAGUUAUUUUUCUACGUUUUGCAACUUUAAUGGCUCAAUAUACUUUGAAAAAAAUGAUUUCAAGAAGUAGAGAAAAGGAUAAAGAAAAAACAAAAAAAAUAAAAGAAAAGGAUAAAGAAAAAACAAAAGAAAUAAAAAAAAAGAAUAAUGAAAAAGGAAUAACUAUGAAAUGGGACGGAAUACAAAUACCAGAUAUAGUUUUUUCAAUAGUCAGUAAAAAUAGGCUAAUAAAAGAGAUUAGAGUUUUACAGAUAGGAAAAGGAAACAAAGAAAAACGUCAAUUAAUGUAA